AGCCAUCACCAUGAGUGAUCUACCGAACCGCCUGCCUGGCCAGGCACCUGAAGGCCAGUCGGCUGCCGAUAUCGAGGCCGCAAUGAAAGCGGAGGGCGCCAGACAGGCAAUGAUGGACGAUCUCGGCAUUGCGCGCGUCGAGAACUUACCCUUGGACGAUGGGUCCCGCGACCGAGUCCGCGGUCAGCGUGGUCACCAUGCUGAACCCGACCCCAAUCGACGUCAGCCACCGCUUCGAAGGUCACCGGCCGGACCGUCACUACCUGGUGUCAACGGAGCCGCCUGGGGCAUGAAUCAAGCGUGGCAAGAUGCUAUGGAAGCUAGGAUCUUUGAUGACGAUGAUGCCGAGGCUGUCAAGGACUUGGACGACCUCGGCGGCGGGAGACUGUAUGACACUGGUGAUGGUUCCCAGAAGGCUCGGGUCAGCCACAUGACGAUGCGUAUCCUUAACCAGCGUAGCGUGCGGUCUGGCCAUCAGCCUGUCGGGCGCCCAGCUGCCAGCAAGGGAGGUCGCCCCAGCCAAGGCCCGGCCGAAUUCGGUCGGAACAACAUCUCGGCGGCCGCCACUUCCUCAUCUCAUCGGGGGAAUAAUAGUCGGGCGUCGGCACCUUCGGCUAACUCCAAGCCCAAGGCUAACAAUGUCAACCCGAGGGCGAGACUGGCAAACCAGCCGCGUGCCCGGCCCAGGCCAGCUUUGCCCGUUGCGCCGCCUAUGCCCGAGACGGCCAUUGACCCGGAUGCUGCUCUGUCCUUCGAGAUCGAGAACGUCAUCUUGAAGAUUGUGGUCAAGUUCUCCAGCCGGGACAUCAACCCGGCGUUGCCUGCAUUGGUCGUGCUGUCGACAGCCGCGCCCCCCGAGCUCGGAUUCUUGACCGUCGUCAUAUACAACAACAAAUAUUGCGAGUGGGCAAUGUCUGCCUGGCUCGACUAUUCCACUGGUGACGACAACCGCCUCGGCAUUACAUUUCAGAACGGGGGCGUGUAUCAAGGUUACGAGCUUCAGUUCGGUAGCCAAGAUGGCCUCAGGGAGUUCAUGGCCGCAGCGAGGGCACUCCAGACAGGAAAACACCCAAACCAGGUCGGUUCUGCUUCAGUGCCUGCUACGACUGUUGUUACGAUCCCAGUUAGCAACAUGCUGGCACCCGAACCUCCCCGCAAGACUUUGAUCCCUGGCGAUGUGAGCCUUCAGGCCGCGUCUCCCCAGGCACCAGCUCCGCAGAAUGUGCCUCCCGCGACUCGUACGGCGCCCGGCCCUAUGGCUCUCGCGGAACCAAUUGCGGUACUCGCAGCCCCCGACGUUUCCCAGGUACUACCGCCGCCGGAUGUGCCUCCCGCAACACCUACGGCUCUCAGCCCGGUGGUCGUCCCGGAGCCAACUGCGGCACCCGAAACUCCCGACGUGAACGACACUGAUGCAGCAUCCAUGAAAGCUUUCCGUGACGCAGCCAUUGUCACUUGCCGCACGUUGUUACAGUUCUUUUACCACAGUGGCGCUGCUGGUGGCUCAACUACAACCGUGGGAGACAUGGACCAAACGGCUGAAGGGAUUAAGUCGGGAGUCCUGGAACACACGAUGGAGAGCGCGAGGGCCAUGGGACUCGGCGAACAAAAGAUUCACAUGCUCAGGGAUGCAAUCAACGUAUACUUUGCCCCCCAGCCUACUCCCCAGCCUACCCCCCAGCCGGUCAGCUGCGAGGUGCAGCGGGCCCUUACUAUCCCCCGUCGCAUUUACUCGAUUGACUUCCUGUUGUCGAGGCGGGAUGCUGCAGUCAACCCCCCCAGGUCCUUGCCUAACAUUCCGGGCUUGCCACAACCAGGCUCCUCGUCUCGUGGCCGCGCCUCCUCUCACCAGAAGGGGACCGUUGACCAGUCCCAAUUCUCUAGGUCUGCGGAUGCCAUGCAAUGGGUCCUCAGGGAAGCCCCGCUCACGAAGCCAGAACCUAAAGAAUUCAAGUCGGCGCCGGAUACGACCCCCAGGGCCCCUGAGAAUACCCAACCCACUGCACCAAACGUGGUAGGCCUUGGUGGAACUCCAGAUACGGGCCUGAACAACUCACGCUGGGCAUCUAGCGCGUUAGAGAUCAAAAACGCAAACUACUUCACGGGGCCAAGGUACGAGAAAACCUGGGCCAAGAGGACUUAUCUCGAGGAACUUGCCCAGCUCGAUCCUGAGACGAGGAUAACGGCACCCACUGAAGACAUGAUGGAAUACUACUUCCCGCUCCCAGAUGCCGACAAAGCCCAGAGUGGUUCCCAGGCCUCUGUUGUCGACGGAAGCCCGGCACCUGGCACCUUGGGGGAGACUUACAAGAUGGAGCAUCUGAACACUGACAUGUCUCGCCUAUCGAUUCGGUCACCGACGGCACCCAGGUCGCGGUCGGCUAGGUUAGCUGCUUCUGCCGAGACGUCAGGUGCGGCCCAGACUCCGUCACCCCCUUCGGCCAUGACACCACCGUUGGUCUCCGCAGUCUCAAGCCAGUCGCCGGCCUCGACUCCGUCGGCAACAUGUCUCGAGGCCGAGGCUACGCCACGCUUUUCUCAGCCCACACGGGUGAUUUCGGCUCUCCCGGCGACGUACCUCGAAACCCAGACUGCGUCACGCCUUUCCACCUCGGCAAUCUCGAGUCCAUCGAUGAUCUUGACGUCGCCAACGAUGUCUAGUGCGGCCCAGACUCCGUCACACCCUUCGGCCAUGUCACCACCGGUCGUUCCCAGAGUCUCGAGCCAGUCGUCGGUCUCCAUUGCGGAGGUCCCAAACAGGCUGCGCUCAGAACACGGGCCCCAACCGCCCGCCCUGGCCCAGACAGAGGCUUCAACUCCACCUGGGCCUCUCAACCCGGCACCGAGGCAGUUCCCGCUUGUGCCAGCUCAGCCCCCCGCACCUCCGGCAGCUCAGCCUAGAGUGCGCGGCCUUGCGGCAUCUAGGCAUUCGGAUGGCACUGCACCAACCAGCUCGGGAAAGUUCAACUUUUACGUCCCUCAUUCCGCGCGGCAGUAA